CCUGGCUGCGAGCGCGGGCCGGGCUCGUCUCCGUGUCCUGCGGCUCUACUCAACCUUCUUCGGCUGCCCUUGGGCCCCUUCGGCCAUUCUCACCUCCCUCAGUGUCCCUCGGCUCCUCUCAGACCUCCUCUCACCCUCCUCUUCUUCCCGCAGUCCUCCUCGUCACCCCUGAACUCCCUCAUCUCCCCGGAGCUCCCCUGAUAUUCCCUCAGCGCCCCGCAUCUCCCCUGGUCUCCCCUCAGCCGCCGCGGAGAUGGAUGACGAACCCGAGCGGACCAAGCGCUGGGAAGGAGGCUACGAAAGAACAUGGGAAAUUCUUAAGGAAGACGAAUCCGGGUCGUUGAAGGCAACCAUCGAGGACAUUCUCUUCAAGGCAAAGAGGAAAAGACUUUAUGAACACCAUGGACAAGUUCGGCUUGGAAUGAUGCGUCACCUUUACGUGGUUGUUGAUGGAUCAAGAACGAUGGAGGACCAAGACUUAAAGCCAAACAGACUUACUUGCACUCUGAAGUUACUGGAAUAUUUUGUUGAAGAGUACUUUGACCAGAAUCCUAUUAGUCAGAUUGGCUUAAUUGUAACCAAGAGUAAAAGAGCUGAAAAAAUGACAGAACUCUCAGGAAACUCAAAAAAGCAUGUAACUGCUCUGAAGAAAGCAGUGGAUAUGAACUGCAGUGGAGAGCCUUCUCUAUAUAAUUCCCUAAAUUUGGCCAUGCAGACUUUAAAGCACAUGCCAGGACAUACGAGCAGAGAGGUUUUGGUAGUCCUCAGCAGUCUUACGACAUGUGAUCCAGCCAACAUCUAUGAUCUAAUUAAGUGUUUAAAAGCAGUAAAGAUCAGAGUAUCUGUCAUCGGCCUAAGUGCUGAAGUUCGAGUUUGUACAGUACUUGCCCGAGAAACUGGUGGAACAUACCAUGUUAUUUUGGAUGAAAGUCAUUAUAAGGAACUGCUGAUGCACCAUGUCAGUCCUCCACCUGCCAGUUCAACUUCUGAGUGCUCCCUUAUUCGAAUGGGUUUUCCUCAGCAUACUAUUGCUUCUCUAUCUGAUCAAGAUGCAAAGCCUUCCUUUAGCAUGGCGCAAUUGGAAAAUAACAGUGACCCAGGUCUUACACUGGGUGGAUAUUUUUGUCCUCAGUGCAGAGCCAAAUACUGUGAGCUUCCUGUGGAAUGCAAAAUCUGUGGUCUUACGUUAGUGUCUGCACCUCACCUGGCUCGGUCUUACCAUCACUUGUUUCCUUUAGAUGCCUUUCAGGAAGUUCCACUGGAAGAAUACAAAGGGGAACGGUAUUGUCAAGGCUGCCAGGGAGAAAUGAAAGAUCAAAAUGUGUACAUAUGCAAAGUGUGUCAGAACACAUUUUGUGUGGAAUGCGAUCUGUUUAUUCAUGAUUCGCUGCACUGCUGUCCUGGCUGUAUUCACGAGCACCCUGCUCCUGUAUCUGUAUGAUCUCUUGAUAUCUUUUUAAAAAUUGCUGUAUCUUUGUCAUUCUUGCAUGAAUCUAAUUAGUUUAUUCAGCCAUUGCUCUAACUGAUGCACCUCUGAACAAGAUGAUUACAGAGGGAUGAACAGUGGAGUAGGAGCAAAUGAUAUUUUUAAAAUUUUUUUAUUACUUUUAAUAUAUACUUGAAUUAUCUGUAUCUAUUUUUUGUUCUAAAGAACUAUGGCUUUUUCCAGCGGUUAUUAUAACAACAUGUAUAUUUGUAAAUUUGUGAAAGUGAUAAAACUGCUUUUUAUGAUAA